AUGUCGGCCGUCCCAGCCGCGACGCCGAGUAGGGCGUCUCCGGAACAGCCUGCACCUGUGACCGACUUUACUCUCAUCGAGUCGCAGAAAGAGAACAUCCGACCAUUGGCCACUGGACGAUCGGCUGCUACGCUCGGGGUCCUUUUCGACAAGAGCCGAGAGGAGGAGGCGUCGCGCGCCGUCGCGGAGGGAACAGAGCAGUUUAUGAAGGACAUUGAGGAGGCUGAGAGGCGAGAGCGGGAGGGAGAGGACAUGGUUGACGGCGUCCAGGACGUGCUCGACCUGUACAAUCGGAAGAAGAAGGCAGACGACGUCUACCGGCUCGGUAUCGCUCGCAAAGCCGCACCGCUAGAGCGCUUGAAGGGACGGCAUCAAGCAUUCCUCACUCGCAUCAUGGCGCCACCGUCAGGAGUCAUUCCGGACGACGAUCCUCUGCCUCCGCCUCGACCAAGCUCGUCUCGCAGUGUACUCGGCCAGGUCGGAGGUGGCGGUGGCCUUGCCUCCGUCUCCGGUGCAACACCUGUGCAACCCUCUUCGCAGCGCAUCUCUCGCGGCACAAACGGGUCAAAGCUCGAGAUCUUCUCCGACGCGUCUGGAGCAGCUGCCGACCCUGAAGCCUCUCAGUGGGAGGAUUUUGGCACCCGUGACGGCCGCCGAAAGGAGAACCACAUGGAGGCGACACCAUGGAAAGGCGAGACUCUCCCUCAGAGCGCAGCCCGCCAUAGGGUGGCGCCUCGUACUCCGAAGCUAGAGGUUUUCAAGGACACGUCCGACAACGGUGCCGUACGACACGCCGACGACGCUCAGGCCGGUCUCGUUAUCCGGGCCAAGGCUCCGUUGUCUGAGGCCGAGCAGCUCCGCGACGACCCCCUCAAGAACUAUGACAUCAGCAAUGUCUCCAAGUCCGUUCCUACUCUGCCCCCUCCUCCACCGUCCGCGCGCAAACCGACGCACAAGAAGAAGCGUGAGCCGGCACACGUCAUGGAGCCAUGGGUUUGCCCCACUGGUGGCCCGGAGCGCCCGACAGCCAAGGGCAAGAUGGAGCGAGUCAUGUUCGACUGGGACGCUACGUUUAAGGGUGGCGAAGAGUGGAGCUUCCAGGAGGUGCGCGCCAAGAAGCUCGGUCUCUUCGGAAAGGAGUGGAAGCCUCUGAAAGACUGGGAGAAGGGAUGGCACAAGCCUGGUGCAACAACACCUGUGAAGGAGGAACCCAAGAAAGCGGGACCGCCUUCGCCUACGAUCAACACCAAGCUCGCCAACGCGGAAGUCAUGAACCUCUUCAACCAGACGCUCCACGGCGGCAAGGUCCGUGACCCCGACUUUGACACGGACAGCGAUGAUGACGACGACGAGGAGGCCGACGACGUCGCCCCUCUACCGACACCUCUGCCGCCGCGCCAACCCGAGCGCCAAAUGUUGAGCAUGAUGACGCCCGGCGGCAUGAUUCCUCCCACACCGACGCCUGCGCAGGGUGCUAACGCGCGCCGCCAAUCGCCGCAGAUGAACGUCUUUGCCGACGAAAGCGCCACCCCGGCCCCGUCACGCAUGGCCGUGUUCGCCGACGAGAACGCGACCCCCGCACCGCGACCUCAGGUGUUCGCCGACGAGAACGACCCGUCAGCACGCAAAGUUAACGUCUUUGCAGACUCGACACCCAAACCCAAGCCGCUCAGCGGACGCACUCCGCUUGCUCCUAGCGCGAGCAAGCCGCGCGCCUUUGGUCUCCUCGAGGAGCCCGCGACGCCCUCGGCCAACAUCUUUGCUGCGACCCCGGCUCCUGUCAAGGUCGCAUCGCCGAUCCAAGAGGAGGACGAGAAUACUGCUCAGGACGAGAACGACGUCCCGAGUCGCAAGGCAUCGCCUGUCGCUCAGACCAACGUCUUCGACGAGAACGCUGCACCCCGCCGCAAAUCAUCCCCUCUCUCGCAGAGCGUGAACGUUUUCAACGAGGUGGCCCCCCCUAGCCGCAAGUCAUCCCCCCUCUCGCAGAGCGUCAAUGUGUUUGAUGAGAAUGCUGGGCCGAGCCGCAAGGCGUCACCCCUCUCGCAGAACGUCAACGUACUUGACAAGAAUGCCGUCCCCAGCCGCCACGCGUCGCCGCUGGCCCAGAGCAGCGGCCCUGUCUCCGAUGACAACGCCGGUCCCAGCCGCCGUGCCUCCCCUCCGGCUCAGAGUGUCGGUCCCGCCUCCGAUGAGCACGCUGUGCCCAGCCGCAAGGCUUCUCCCGUCGCCCAACAGAGCGAGAAGGUCUUUGAUGAGAACGCCCCGAUCCGCCGCAACCCCUUCGAUCCCUCUCCUGAACCUGCACCUGUUGAACCCGAGAACCAGGGGCCGUACGAGGAGUACGAGGACUACUACACCGACGAGGAACCGGGGUAUGGCCGGCCCAUGAAGAACUUUGCGUACAAGAGCAUCAUGACGCCCGUGACGGAGCGCACGGAGAACACGAUCUUCUUAAACCAGACCAUGCGCUCAGAGGUGCUUUCCGAGGCCGAGGGGGAGGAAGAGGAGCGUUUGCGGUCACCGCACCUGACUGCCGUGACCGAGGCUGAUGAACCGCCAUCUCGCUCCGUCCGCCGCGAGUCCGGUCACUCAUCGCACGACUCGGUUGGUAACUGCUCCGGUUCGGUCGACACUGGCGCCUUCCAGAUUCCCGACGGGUACACGAUCCACCCCACCGCAGCCAACACGACGUUAGGCCAGGUGCACGACGAGACGGGCUCGUACGCUGUUGACGAGCCCUCUGCGGCUUCCAGUUCUGAAAUCCUCUCGCAAAUCCCCAACCCGUGCUGCCCAACCGAUGAGGCUGUGGUCGCCACGCUGCUGUCGCGCAUGGACCCGCCCUUCGUCCCCGCUGCGGACAACCGCACCUCCAAGUCGAGCCGGUUAGCCAAGCUCCAGGCCGCGGCUAAGGCCCGCAGCCAUGUCGCGCACCUCGCUUGCGCCGCAGGAUGA